GAAGAAAAUAAUAGAUCUUGACCCAGCUGUGUUUUACAACCUACACUCUUUGCAAAAAGAAAUUUCACAACAGAGCACAGCGGGGGACCCAAAGGAUAUAACAUUCUCGAGUGACAAUCUAGCAGAAAGCGCCGCCUAUGUAGUGUUAGUCACAGCAACAAACCGUUUCGGUGGGGAAUCUUUUUUUCCUUCCGUUCACGAAGUAAGACGUACAACAACUCCAUUGGCUCUUAGCUUACAAGGGCCCACUCUUGUUCAUCCUCUGUGUGACGUCACAUUUAACGUAAUCGUUGACGUCUGUGGUAAUGUUAACGCGUCGACAACAAAACUUCAAUUCACUUGGUCCAUAUCGCCUGCAGCAGUUGAUGUAACAGGAUUUAUUGGAAGUGGUGCUAUUAUCCCCAAAGGUCUCCUCCAAUCGGGGAUUACUUACAACAUUUCGGUGACUGUGUCAACUAUUAGCAAUGAAAGCCAAUGGAAUGUAGCAUCACAGGUUUUCAGCGUGAAACGAGCGAACUUAGAAGCUAUUAUUAGCACUUCCAACCUAGUGGUCGGAGAUCAAACACCUUUCAAACUGGACGGCACUUUAUCUUAUGAUCCUAGUGACUCUACUAGUCAACUUCAAAUGUUAUGGUCUUGCAAGGAAGAGUCAUCCUUGGAUACGUCUUGUUUUGGAGAGGAUGUGUUGACUAGUGACCAGGUCCUUACUGUUCCACCAGGAGCGCUCCAACCUAACACAUACAGCAUUACACUGGAGGUUUCUAAAGACUCCAAGAAAGACGACAGCCAAACGACCCUAAUCGUCCGCCAAGGGGAGUUGCCUGUUAUCUAUAUAAAGAAGAAAAAAGCUGGUCGAGUUAAUCCCACCGAAAAAAUCAUCGUGGACGCUUACGUCACAAGUCGAGGCAAUGUCACACUUCGGUGGGAGGUCGUCAUUGAGAAAGGUGAGUUUAAUGGCAGAAACCAGCACGUUGCUAUAGAUAUAUUAAUAUACAGUUGUAAGCCUUUUAUUGAGAGUCAGACAAUUUCAGAAUUUGCCACGGUCGGUCUCGAGGGGGUGACGCCAUCAGUGAAACCUAAAGAUUUCAUGAGCUCAUUAGUGGAUCGCCCCUUUCCUCUGAUGCUUCCAGCUGCUAACACCCAGUGGCCAGGGCUCUUGGGUGACGCCUUCUACAAGUUUCGUCUAAUGGCAGAACCAAUGGAUGGCGGGGAAGCAGGCUAUGCCGAUAUCAUUAUAGAAACUAACAACCCACCGAUUGGACCCCCGUUAGAGGUGAAAUUAUAG